AUGCAAUUCUCUACUGUCGCCGCUUUCGCCGCCGUUGCCGCCGUUGCCUCCGCUCAAAACAUCACCACUGAAACCGCUACCGAAUCCCAAACUACUUUGGUUACCAUCACUUCUUGUGAAGAAAACAAAUGUAGCGAAUCCGUUUCUGAAGCUUUGGUCUCUACUGCUACCGUCACCGUCAACGACGUCAUCACCGAAUACACCACCUGGUGUCCACUACCAACCACUGAAGCUCCAGUUGAAAAGAACACCACUUCUACUGCUGCUCCAGCUCCAUCCACUUCUCACACUCAACCAGAUUACACUGGUGCAGCUGCUAAGGCUUUGCCAGCUGCUGGUGCUUUGGUCGCCGGUGCUGCCGCUUUGUUGUUGUAA